AUGGCUGAGCAACUAAAAAGAAAAAUUGACUCUUUAGGCAUUUCGAAUAAAACUUUAUCUGAAAUAACCAAUCUUACAGGGUCAACACUUGACAAAGUACUGAAAAGAAUCAGGAUCAAGUGAAUAAAUGAUGGGCAAACCCAGAAAAUCAAGCUAAAACAACUAAUUGAUGAUAGAAAUUCUGAAGAAACUGACAAAGAAACUCAGCAAGCAUUGCUGGAACGACGUCAAAAAGAAGAGGAAGAAAAAGCAAUCGCAGCUUUAAAGCUAACUAAAAAGCUAAAUAAAGAAAUGAAAGAACGCGAAGAAAGAUUAAAAGAACGGGAAAAUGAAAUGCUAACUCCACCCCCCCUCCGUGAGUGAACAAAAAAAUUUUGUUCACUCACGGAGGGGGGUUAAUUUUUUUUUUUAAAAAAAAUUUAUAUAUAAAUUUUAUUAAAAAAAUAUUUUUUUUUCGAAAUUUAAAAAAAUCCUAAUUCGCAAAAAUUGGAAAGCAAAUAUUAAUUCAAUUUGCAAAAUUUAUGUUUUAAAAAGCAAUUUGUUUAAAAUUAAACAAAAUUCGCUCUAUAUUUCAUUAUACUAAUUAUCAUUUAUAUAUUAAAACUUUUUCCAUAAAAAAUUUUUCUAUUAAAAAAAAUUUUUGUUCACUCACGGAGGGUGGGUUUUUUGGGCAAAAAAUAGCGAUUUUUCUAAUGGUUUUGUUCACUCACGGAGGGGGGGAGUAAGGAAAAUACAAGAAGAAGUUUUACUUGAAGAAAAAUUGAAGGAGGAAAUGCUGCUUGAAAAAGACGAAUUGAAAAGGCAGCAACUAAAAGAGCUUCAAGAAAAAUCACGCUCAAGAAAAAAGGAAAUCGCGUUGAUGAAAGAAAUUCAAGAAAAAGAAACCAAAAAAAUUUUAUCUGAAAAGCCUCUAUAUCAAAAAUUAGACGAGCUUUAUACAAAUGAAAUACUUAUGCCAGAGCUUGAAAGAAAAAAAGCUGAACUCGCCAAAAAGAGAAUGCUCUUUAAGCCAUUAGAUCAUAAUGAAUUAGCUGAGUACGAAAAAAGGCAUGACGAGAUGCUAAGAGAGUGCGAAGAAAGACGCAGAGAAAGAGCCAAACAGAGAUCUAUUGAUCACAUAGCGAACUCUGCUUCUCUUGACUUAAAGUCAAAAUUCUACGACAACAUCCUAGAAGAAGAAAAAAAGCUGAAAGAAGAAAAAGAAAAAGAAUUUUUACAGAAAAAGCUAUAGGAUUUGCCCUAGGAUGGCGCUAUAUGGCGCCAUCCUAGGGCAAGCGAAAAUUGGCUCCACACGGGAACCGUAUUCCACGUGUGGAGCCAUUUUUCCACGUGUGGAAUCCACAUUUUCCCACGUGGGAAAAAUGGCUCCACACGUGGAACACAAUUCCCGUGUGGAGCCGUGUCUCCAAUUGCCCGAGGAUGGCGCAAUAUAGCGCCAUCCUCGGGCAAUUUCUAUAAAACUCGAAAAGCAGCUUUUAUAUUCAGAAAUAAUUAAAGAGGCAUAUUCACCAAUAAUAGACCCAGCAAAGCUUACUUACUUAAGAUUUAUAAUGCUUUACGUCCCUUACGGGGUAGGCACCCCAGACCUUUCUGUCAUCUCUUCAGCGCAUCGGGCCCACAGGCCGCUGAGACAACCUGCUUCGUUUACCAAGACGCGCUUGGAGCAGUGUUGCCAGCUUCGUCGGCUCAUGAAUGAACUACUUUCUUGUGACACAAGCUGUCCGCACAAAAAAACCUAAAAAAUGGAUUUUCUAGCUGACUAUCGGCAAAAAGGAAAAACAUGUAGCCUGGGAUCUAACGCCCAGUUUCACGCUAGAGAGUUGCCCGAUUGGUCCUAAUGACUUCGCUGGGCUCCCCUUUCCAACUGCCAUGCCUUCCUUCCCCAUGAGGAAAAAAAUCCACCACUGAAAUUAGACUUGGGCUAGAUUCUGCUCACCACCAGAAUUGCUUACCUAGCAUGUCCAUCUUUGUAAUGGUAAAAACCUUGCCAGAUAUAAUUAAAAUAUGUGUCGAGGCUGCAUGGCCGGAGGCCAUGCCUAGAUGAAGACGUCUUAUUUUAAUUAUGACCCAGCAAAGCAAAAAGAAAUGAAAUUAUUAAUAGAAAAGCUAAAGCAUGACCCUUUUUCAGCUCGACACAAAAAGUCUAUAAACAGCUGAAGCGAGCGAAGAGUCUCUGAAGGGAAUCAAUCGAUUCAUUCAAGAAAAUGAAAAGAAAACCCUAUGGUCCCGAAGCUUAAGCCUCCAAGAGAGCCAAUAUUUAUUGACUAUUUAGCAGAAAAAAGGAAAGAAAGAGAAAACUCAGACUCCCCAGUCUUUGGAAGAAAUGCGAAACAAUGAGUCGAAGGUCUGGCUGACACAAAUCUCACAGAUCGAGACAGGAUAAAAAUCAAAGCAAAAGCAGCCAAAUUAGAAAGAUAUGUACAGCAGCAAGAAGUCAAGCUCGAGUUCCUUGAUCCAUAUAAUGGAGAAGGAAUCAAGGCGGCUAAUGACUUAAACGACAUGUUGGUGAGCUCUAUCAAAGCCAAGCUUGCACUACUCGAAAAAGUAUAA